UUGUCGGCGAAUCCGCACGCUGAGCGGGUGUGUCCGCGUUGCUAACGUCAAAAACAAAUAUAGAUGUCAAAUUAAACGAUUCCGUUAUAAAAAAGUGACAUGUGGUUAGUAGUGACGUAAACAAACACAAUAGCAUCACGUUUCGGAGAUCGGUAGUUGUUAAAUCGUAUUUAUAGAGCCAUUGCACUCGAAUUCGUGUGGCAAAACUUAGAAUACGUUUCACCUCGUAAACGUGGUUCGACUUUAUGUUAUUACAGGUGAUAUGUCCCGCUAACAUCGAUGGGAUGCGCUAGGAUUAUAAGGACUCCGAUAGUGUUGUGUACUUAGUAAUUUUGUGUAGAAUGAGAUUUUAGUUCAAGAUGGACCGCGUAAGUGGAGUAUGUAGAUUCGGCGGCGUAGUAUCGGCGGUUAAGCCAAGGACCGGUCGUAGUAAACGACGAUCCACGGUCUCCCCACCAGUAGCAGAAGACCUGCCGGAGCCACCCAGGAGGGGCUUGGGAGCCAUCCUCGUAUUAGCUUGCGUACUUGUCUAUCACAAUUGUCUGUACUGUGGAUUCGUUUUUGAUGAUAUAAGUGCCAUUAAAGAGAAUAGAGACUUGAGACCACAGACGCCAAUAUCAAAUAUAUUCCUCAACGACUUCUGGGGAACGCCUAUUCAUAAGGAGCAAUCUCACAAGUCGUACCGGCCGCUGACGGUGCUCACCUUCAGAUGGAACUACGCGAUACACGGCCUCCAGCCGGCCGGGUACCACCUCGUCAACCUUCUUCUACAUGCGCUGGUGUCUUUACUCUACUACAGAGUUUGCGCGAUGUUCCUGCCAGAAUUCGCAAGUUUCGUAGCAGCCAUCUUGUUCGCAGUGCACCCCAUACACACGGAGGCGGUGACGGGUGUGGUAGGGCGAGCCGAGAUGUUGUCAUCGGUGUUCUUCUUAGGAGCGCUCCUGUGCUACGCGCGGGCUGCCAGCAGACGACGGUAUACAGAUUGGCGCUACGUAGCGGCGUGCACGGUUUGCGUGGGAGUCGCCAUGCUCUGCAAGGAGCAAGGCAUCACUGUAACUGCAGUUUGCGUCGUGUAUGAACUAUUUGUUGCCCAAAAGCGGCGAACAAGCACAGGGCGUACAUGGCUAGAGAUCUGGGGUAAGGGCGGAUGGGGAUGCGCGUGCGGCGAAGCGGCGCGCAGGGUCACCACCGUGUGUUGUGCGACCCUGGCGCUAUUGGCCGCUAGACUGCACGUGAUGGGCGCACAGCUGCCCGUGUUUACGAGAUUUGACAACCCUGCUGGGGCAGCAUCACCGCCGGCUAGGCACCUAACCUUCGCGUACUUACCAGCGCUAAACGCGUGGCUACUCACAUUGCCUGAAGCGCUCUGCUGUGACUGGACCAUGGGGACAGUUGCCCUCUUGAGAUCAUGGCGAGACCCAAGGAACUUGGCCACUCUUGCGCUGGCCACCUCGCUGAUUGCGGGUGCUAUACAUGCGCUGAGAACGCGGUCGUCAGCAUUAUCUAUGGGUCUAGCGUUACUAGUGCUACCCUUCUUGCCAGCGUCCAAUCUCUUCUUCCCAGUUGGUUUUGUAGUAGCAGAAAGAGUGCUGUACAUGCCUUCGAUGGGCUGGUGUCUUCUAGUGGCCCAUGGGUGGAGGCUUCUGGCUAAGAAGAGAGCUAAGUUGGCUGCAUCUACUCUUAUAUUCCUGUUGCUAGCCUUCAGUGCCAAAACUUAUGUCAGGAAUUGGGAUUGGAAGACUGAAUACUCGAUUUUUGCGUCGGGACUUAAGGUAAAUCGCAACAACGCAAAACUGUACAACAACGUGGGCCACGCGCUCGAAGCGGAAGGUCGAUACGGAGAAGCAUUGGAAUUCUUCAAAACGGCCGUCAAUGUCCAACCUGAUGACGUCGGAGCUCACAUCAACGUGGGCAGAACAUUUAACCAUUUGGGAAGAUACCAAGAAGCGGAAGACGCUUAUGUUCAAGCCAAAUCCCUACUUCCAAAAGCGAAACCGGGAGAAUCCUACCAAGCUAGAAUAGCUCCAAACCACCUAAACGUUUUCCUGAACUUGGCAAACUUAAUAUCGAAAAAUGCUACGAGAUUGGAAGAAGCGGAUAUGUUAUAUAGACAGGCAAUUAGCAUGCGGGCUGAUUACACACAAGCUUACAUAAAUAGAGGGGACAUUUUAAUUAAGUUGAAUAGGACUAAGGAGGCGCAGGAAGUAUACGAGAGAGCUUUAUUGUAUGAUAGCGGGAACCCGGAUAUUUAUUAUAAUUUGGGUGUAGUGCUCUUAGAGCAAGGCAAGGCAUCCCAGGCGCUAGCGUACCUAGACAAAGCGCUGGAACUAGAACCAGAACAUGAACAAGCGCUGCUUAAUUCAGCGAUACUUCUGCAAGAACUGGGAGCCGCUGACCUGCGACACCUGGCGAGGCAGAGACUUCUGAAGUUACUUGAUAAAGAUGCGACAAACGAGCGCGUGCACUUCAACCUCGGCAUGGUGUGCAUGGACGAGGGCGACGCGGAGUGCGCGGAGCGCUGGUUCCGCGCGGCCGUGCACCUCAAGCCGGACUUCCGCUCCGCGCUCUUCAACCUCGCGCUGCUGCUCGCCGACCGCCGCCGCCCGCUCGAAGCCGCGCCCUUCCUCAAGCAGCUGGUCCGCCACCAUCCGGACCACGUCAAGGCGCUGGUGCUACUCGGAGACAUAUAUAUCAACUCCGUCAAGGAUUUGGAUGCGGCUGAAAGUUGCUACCGCCGCAUACUCGAGCUAGAGGCGGACAACGUGCAGGCGCUGCACAACCUGUGCGUGGUGGCGGUGGAGCGCGGCAAGCUGGCCGCGGCCGAGGAGUGCCUCACGCGCGCCGCCGCGCUCGCGCCGCACGAGCACUACAUACAGCGCCACCUCGCGGUCGUGCGCGCGCGACGGGCCGCCGUCUCGCUCCCGCACGCCAAGCCCGCCGCGCCCCCCGCCGAGGUGAGAGCGAGAUGGAACUACAUCCCGCAGCAACCCCCCGACCCGCACGAGACUGACCCCUCAUAGCGGCAUUGCUCGGACCGACAUUGAUAUUCGAAACGCUGGAUUGAAUUUUGUUUUGUUCUAACGGAUUGUGCUAUUUAUUUUUGUAUAGAUGCCGAUAGGAAGCUGGCUCGUUUGAAUCGCGGCUUCCGUUCGUCUAGAGUUUUUAAUAUCAAUGUACCUAACGGCCAAUGUCUGAUUUGCAUUUCAUCAGGGUAUUCGCAUUGAUUUCCAUUUGAGCUACGCGUUUUUAUAUAAUUGCUGAAGUAUUGUUCCAAAAAAAUAACCGACCGAAUGACGCAUUGUGAACCGGCGUCAAUAAAUUAUACUCAAACGAUUUUCGCGUCCUUUCAAUCCAUAUGUGAGAAAGAGAUAGCAAUCUAUCGAUCGCAAACGGUAUGCGAGUGACCAUUUCGUUGCUGUUUUUUAUUGACGCGGGUGAAAAUAAAUAAAA